AAAUUUUUCAAAGAGUUGCGGACACAUCGCUGCCAACAAAAGGAUAGAAGAUAAUUUGGUUGAAGGCAGUAUGGAAAAGACAACAAUGUUUACUUUAGUACCUGGAAUUUGAAGAGAGAGUAGUUUUCUGGAAACACGCUUACAAAUUCUUGUACUGUAUGCUUGUUUCUUACUUCCAACCAAACGAGCAAACACCCUUCCCUUCCUGGCAUUCACAACAACAGCAGGAGAAACCCAUAACCCAUAUUGGCAGUGGCAGACCCACUUUACCUCUCCCCACCCCCCCUACUCUAUUAAUCUUAUAAUAGGGAAAUUUGUUUAUUUUGUCCUCAUUCUUCAACUAAAGAUGAAAUGUUGCAUCCACUCACCUUCUUUUAUUAUUAAUUCCUACUGGAAAACUGCCAUCAUCCGUUCAUCUUCAUCUCUCCCUCAAAAUCUGAACCAGAAACAUGAACCUUCUUCUUUUUCUUCUUCAACGGGAAUGGGGUGGUCCCCAGCUCGAAUCCAGAAGCUGAUAGCCUCCCAAACAGACCCUCUCCUCGCCAAAGAUAUCUUCGACUUAGCCGCCUUUUCCCAGCCCAAUUUCCAUCACUCUUACUCCACUUACCACACUCUUAUCCUCAAACUCGGUCGCUCUCACAAGUUUUCUCUCAUGCAAUCUCUCCUCACCCGCCUCAAGUCCCAAAACUACCCUGUUUCCCCUUCCCUCUUUACCCAGAUCAUCCAAAUCUAUGGUGAUGCCCAAUUACCUGACAAAGCUCUCCAAACCUUCUACAAAAUCCUCGAAUUCGUCAAUACCAAACCCCUGCCCAAACACCUGAAUUGCAUCCUCCAAGUCCUUGUCUCUCACCGUAACUACCUACGGCCUGCUUUCGACCUUUUUAGGUCAGCUCACAGAUACGGUGUCUCACCUAACACCCAAUCGUACAACAUCCUAAUGCGUGCAUUUUGUUUGAAUGGUGAUCUUAGCAUUGCAUACUCCCUGUUCAAUCAAAUGUUUAAGAGAGACGUCGUGCCGGACGUCCAGUCAUAUCGAAUUUUAAUGCAAGGAUUGUGUAGGAAGAGUCAGGUGAAUAAAGCCAUUGACUUGUUGGAGGAUAUGUUGAACAAAGGCUUCGUUCCGGAUACUUUGAGUUAUACCACAUUGUUGAAUAGUUUGUGUAGAAAGAAGAAGCUUAAGGAGGCUUACAAGCUUCUUUGUAGGAUGAAGGUUAAGGGAUGCAAUCCCGACAUUGUGCACUACAAUACUGUUAUCUUGGGCUUCUGUAGAGAAGGCCGCGCUCUAGAUGCUUGUAAGGUUCUCGAGGAUAUGACCUUCAAUGGGUGUUUACCAAAUUUGGUGUCUUAUAGGACUUUGGUAGGCGGGCUGUGCGACCACGGUAUGUAUGACGAGGCCAAGAAAUACAUAGAGCAAAUGAGGUACUAUGGUUUUUCUCCUCAUUUCUCUGUUUUUCAUGUGUUAAUAAAGGGGUUUUGUAAUGUUGGUAAGAUCGAGGAAGCUUGUGGCGUGUUGGAAAAUAUGUUGAAGCACGGGGAAGCUCCACAUUUGGGUACUUGGGUGGAAAUAAUAAAUAGAAUAUGCAGUGUUGAGGAUGUUGUGACAACAGAGGAUGUUUUGAAAGAGGUUUUGAAAGUAGAGAUCAAGCUUGACACAAGAAUAGUAGAGGCAGGUGCUGGUUUGGCUGAAUACAUGAUUAUGAAGAUACGAACUAGAUCAAGGAAUUCUUAAUUGUUCACUGUAAUUCGACUGAUUGAUCCAUGCUUACCCCUUCAGCUUGAGGAAUGUGUAGGCUUCCAGGUAUGAGCACUCCUUUCCAUGCAUGGUUUAAGGUCGCGGUAUCGGCCAUCGACUCGGAGAAAUACAUUGAUCGAGGCGUCGUGGCGCAGUAUUGAGCGAUACGACUUAAAAGAAAAUGUUGAACA